UGCCGUUGUGUUGGCUUUUUAACUCCCACACGUUCUUCACGUCCGAGUCGACAUCGUCCUCAAGUGCAUUUCCGUAUUUUCAUUCGAUAAAAAAACUUCUCUCGGUUGUUGUUCCUGCGGUGUGCACGAUGUAAUGCAGAACGCGAGCGCAUACAAAGUGAUCCAUGUCCGAAAAGCGCAAAGAGGAAAGACGCAGAAAGAUUGAAGAGCUGCAGCUGGGAUCUCGGAUUCGUCUGCGGGACAGUGUGUGUGUGUGAGAGAGAGAGAGAGAGAGAGAGAGAGUGUGUGUGUGUGGAGCUUGGAGGUGAAAGACUGGGGAAACGAACGGAGGAGAAAAGGACUUUUUUUUCGCAAUCGUUGUUUUUAAUUCAAGAAAAAAAAACAAGACAUCAAGCUGGCUCACUCUGUCCCGGCCCAUACCGCGCUGACAGCCGCUCUUCAUCCCCUGUGGAGGAGCGUCACCGGGAAGCGCAUGGCCUCCGAGCUGGCGCUGAGCUCCACCGAGCUGCCCACUAGCCCUCUCGCCAUGGAGUACGUCAACGAUUUCGACCUGAUGAAGUUCGAGGUGAAGAAGGAGCCUGCGGAAACCGAGCGCGUCGGAUUGACCCAAUGUGGGCGCCUGCUUGCAGGAGGCUCCCUGUCUUCUACACCGAUGAGCACACCGUGCAGCUCGGUGCCGCCCUCUCCGAGUUUCUCAGCUCCUAGUCCCGGUUCAGGGGGCGAGCCCAAAGCUCACUUGGAUGACUUUUACUGGAUGGGUAGCUACGCGCAACAUCAACAACAACAGCAGCAGCAGCAGCAACAACAUCAGCAGCAUCCACAGCAGCAGCAAACGCCGUUAAACGCAGACGCGCUCGGUUUCGGAACGGACGACGCCAUGGAGGCGCUGAUCAGCAGCGCGCACCAGCUGCACACCUUUGACGGCUACGCGCGGGCGCAGCAGUUCCCCGCUGCAGAAGAAGUUGGGCCGACUGCGGCCGUGGUCUCAGCCGUGAUCGCCGCAGCAGCGACGGCUCCUCAUCACCACCAUCAUCAUCACCAUCACGGCAGCAACGCGCAUCCAUCCGGCGCCGCGAGCAACCACAGCCACAACCAUCAUCAUCACCACCACCAGCAGCAGCAACAGCAGCAGCAGCAGCAUGGACACGCUCACGGGCACGGGCACGCUGAUGAUCGCUUCACGGACGAGCAGCUCGUCACCAUGUCGGUGCGCGAGCUGAACCGGCAGCUGCGUGGCGUCAGCAAGGAGGAGGUGAUCCGCCUGAAGCAGAAGCGGCGGACGCUGAAGAACCGCGGCUACGCGCAAUCGUGCCGCUUCAAACGCGUGCAGCAGCGACACGUGCUCGAGGGCGAGAAGACGCAGCUGCUGCAGCAGGUCGAUCAUCUCAAGCAGGAGAUCGCGCGCCUGAUGCGUGAGCGCGACGCGUACAAGGAGAAGUACGAGAAGCUCGUGGGCAGCGGCUUCCGCGAGAACGGCUCGAGUAGCGACAACAACCCGUCGUCGCCGGAGUUUUUCAUGUCUACCAGAAAGUUCCUUCACCUGUGACUGUGACCUCACCCCCAAAGCCCCGCCCUGAAAAAUGAGGUAACU